AUGCCGGCUGUGAAGAAGCUUUCGGAAUUUAUAGAGGAGAAUUUCUCCUCUCUGGAUUGUUGCAACUACGUACACGAUGAAAAUAAUGCGGAAUCAACUCUCGAAAACCCUCACUGUCAGUGUGGUGAAAGAAAAGUAUUCCAUGCAGAUAGCAGCGAAGCGAUAAAAAAGACCGAAUUUACUAAAGACCGGCAAUGCACAAAAGCAUAUGGAGUUUUGAAGGUUUACAUAAAAGGCAUCGCCACAUCAUCAAUGAAUUAUCUCCGAUUAUCUUCGAAAGAUCAUAAUGAUUCCGUAAUUGAUCUCCUUGUUAAAUACUGGAAAGUAAUUCCUGAGGAUCAGGAUGUUGUCUGCAUUUCAUUUAUUGGAGCAGCACUUGAUGAUGUAGGAGAAAUGGCAUUUAGGCCUAUUGAGCAGGCUUUAAUUGAGACUGCUCGAACUAUGAACAUAGUUGUUAUAGCAAAUGGUGAGGACAACGUCUUAACGCGAAAUAUUGGUCGCAUUCUGACGAACGUGAGAAGAAUGCUUGCCGUAACCAAGGAAAAUAGCCUUCCACCACGGUUUCUCGGCAUCAUGCCAUGGGGCAACAUUCCCGAGAAGAAAAACCUAAGCUGCCACACGUACAUUGUUGUUAAACGUUUCCCAGAGGCUGCUCUUUUAGGAUUUAGCCAUUGAUUUGAAGACUUUGAUCCUGAGCACAUGAUUGAGCUUUAUGAACGCCUACGUUCCCUACAUGAGGAUAUGGAGGUUGAAGAAGCAUAUGACGAGUUGAAGCGGAUGUUUAUAAACGAGAAGAUUCUAUUUACAUAUGACAUGCGUUCAAAAGACCCAUUUAUCAGUACAUUAUUUGACGCCUUUGCAAAGUAUACUUUUACUCCUGCGGACUUCUUUGAGUUUUCGCUGAAAUGGGACCGCGAUACGGGUGUUUUGAACCUGGGAAGCGCAUACCUAUCUAUCAUUCCUCAAGGUAAGUCGUCCUAA